AUGCCGCAGUACCGCGACCAGAUCAAGCGAUGCGUCAAGAUCUAUGACUUCAACAUCCUGCGGCAAACGCUCGCCGAGAUUGACUUCACGACGACGCAGGGCGACACUACAGUGCCGCCCGCCGACCCUGCGCCUGGUGCUGGCAGCGAUGAGCAGCCGCGACGAAAGAGGGGUGGCCGCGAGCCGACAGAGAAGCGAAAGGAAAAGCUGACAAUCGACGACUACAAGUACAUCGCGUUCCAGUUCGGCCAGACGUUGACGCUCCUCCGCGGCCAGGAUCUCUACACCAAGACCAGCGUCGCACAGGCGCUGCCAGCGCUCGCCCCCUUCCUUCGGCGCGAGCGGGAGCCGAUCCUGAGCACCCUUCACGUGCUCAACUCGAUACGCGACGAGUUGCUUCACGAGCUGCGUGGCGUGCGCGUGGUGGCGCAGGGUGAGCUGAACCUCUUCUGCCUCGACGACGGCGACGAGCCGAAGGGCAUCGCCUGCAACCAGCUGCACAACCAGAGCCGCGGCACGGUGGUUGAUGCGCUUCGAGGGCGCGUCGUGUGCUUCCCGCUCACUCACUUCUUCAACCAAGGGGCGCGUUGGCCCACGGACGACGAGCGGCACGACAAGCUUUUCCAUGAGCGCAUAGUGGCCCGGUUCGACUGGGUGACUGAGCUCGUUUCCGUGUGCGCCCAUAACGGCCAGUUCUUGUUCGUAGGCUCGAAGGGGUUUGACGGCCCCGACGUGGAGCGCGUGCGAUCGUUGGUGAUCGAGCGAUUCGGUGAUGUGGAGCCCUUCGCCCAACAGCUGGACCUGGAGCACUACUGGUACACAUUUCUCGCCGUCGCCGGGCCGCACCGCGAGAAAGAAGAGAAAGGCGAAGGGAACGAAGAAGCGGAGGAACCAGAGGUGGACAGCACCCGCUCCAGCUGGGAGCUGUGCCUGGUAGGCGCCCGGCAUCGCUACGCGCUCAGCCUCCAGUCUCCCGAGCAGCUGGCCGACACCGCGCGGGCGCUGGGCCUGCUUGACCCCACUACCCUCUGA